CUCGCGGCAUUAAGCUAAUAAAGCAUCGGAGUUAAUUAAAAAGUAUUACUCGGUUCGUGGCAGAAAUCGACGCGCCUUCGCCCGGCACGGCGCGGCAGAGAAAAAACAAAAGAGACCAUCGACGCGUUAACCCACCCAAUAGCGCCUUAAUUGAAUCACAACCGACGAAAUUCGAAAGCACAUCCACCCCGAGCGAUAGAGACGAACUCGAGCCGACUCGCCAUCCAGCCGGUUGCAAGCCGAGAGCGGCGUGCCGAGCCGCCCACUUCUAAAGCGUUCCAAAUUCAAAUUCCACCUUAACACCCCAGUCGACCAAUCACAGCGCAAGUAUUCAAAUAAAGAACGCCGAGGCGACAUUUAGCCGACCCCCCUAGGGUUUCCUCGGCCAAUAGGAAGUCGGGAGUCCAUGUUCGUCGUUUUUUUUCCCGCGCGACCGACGUCGGGGAGACUGGACCGGCUCAUUCGGCCGUGCGCCGCCCUGGCGUUCGUAUCGCGCGCUCGCGUCACGAAAAUGGAUUGUGUGUGCACAUGUGAUCUCGAUUCGGUGUAAUUUUGUGACGGUACUAUUGCGGUGAAGCAUGAUGCCUCUCGCACCGACCCCUGUGGUGGCGGUGCCAUCGAAGCCGAAGAUCGGCUUCAGUAUAGACAGUAUAGUGGGAGGGUCGGAGCGGCCGCGGGCGGCGUCUCCGUCUCCGGGCAGCCCGGGCUCGCCGUCGCCUCUGGCCUCACCGCGCAGCCCCUCACCGCGGCCGUUGGUGCGGCCGAGCGCGCUGCCGGCGGUGUUUCCAGCGCCGGAGCUGAAGAGGCUGCCGUAUCUGGAGGCGCAGAGCCACCACCAGCAGUUCCUGGCGCACUUCCAGGGUGCUGCGUUAGCAGCCGCGCUCGCGCACCAGCAGCAGGGCUUCGGUGCGCCGUUGCCGCCGCACCCGCCGCACCAUCCCGCCGCGCCCGUGCCUCGCGAGUCCUACCAGCUCUACCCCUGGCUCAUCAACAGGCACGGCAGGAUAUUCCCCCACAGGUUCCCUGGAGGUCCAGAUAUACCGGGUUUCUUGCUGCAACCGUUUCGAAAGCCGAAGAGAAUCCGGACUGCGUUCUCUCCGUCUCAAUUGCUUAAGUUGGAGCACGCGUUCGAAAAGAAUCAUUACGUGGUUGGUGCGGAGAGAAAACAGUUGGCACAAGCUCUCAGUUUAACUGAAACACAGGUGAAAGUUUGGUUCCAAAACAGAAGAACGAAGCAUAAAAGGAUGCAGCAAGAAGAGGAAGCAAAGACUGGCACCAAAUCUGGUUCCUCCGGCACCAAACCUGACGACGGCAGUCAGUUUAAUAACUCUUACGAUGAAGAUGAAGAACUGAUCGACAUGGACAUGGACGAAUUAAGUGAGAGUGAAAAUGAGACGUAAAUUUCAGUGAUAGUCAGGACUAUUUGUAAAUAUUGUUUUUUAAUAUUUAAUUAUAGGCAAAUUAUUCUUAUUUAUUUCAAUAGCAAUCUAUUAAGGCAUUUGGUGUCAUGUAAAAUGUAAAAUUAAGUCAUUCCUUAUUUAUGAGUAAGACAGAUUUAUAAUUAAAUGUAAUUCGAUAACGAUGACUCCAAUAAAAAAAUAAUACAUAUUUAUAACGGAUUCAAGCAUUAAUUUGUCUCAAUUCAUACCGCGCUCAUUUAUUUAAUUCUAAACAAGUCGCCGUGUCAUUAAAUUAACGGGAUUCAAAAUGGCGUCAUAACGACUCUUGUUAGCGCGUCAUGUAUUAUUAGAUAACAAAAUUGGGGCCCAUUAUAAUAAGUUUGGGGGAUUAAAUUAAUUAAUAUUGCCUCCUUUGAUGCGUUCCUCUACUGAUGUGGGUAUAAUUAGACGGUUUGAUUUUAAACGUUGAUAGGCUAUGGUUUUGGAGCUGUCAACGUUAGAAAAGGAUAGCUAUAUGGUAGACAAUGGGAGAGAGCGAGAGGGAUGUAUUUGAAAAGUCUAUGGUUUGUAUAGUUUGUGGGCUGUUAUUAAGAGAUGUGUAUAGGUCGGUAUCAGGCGCUGGCAUCGCAGUCGGUAAUUGCUCGCGAGGAAAUCAAAUUGUUUUUAAACUGUUGACGAUUGUUCCGGACGGCUAUUUGUCAAUGGUGGCCGAUAUUAGCGAUUAUGAUCU